AUGCAGUUCAUAUCGCAACAUACAUGCAUCCCUGAACCAAAGGUUUUGUGUUCAUUUACUCGUUCUGGGCGGACAUACAUCGUAAUGGAAAGGAUUAAGGGAGAUAUGAUUGGUAGGGGCUGGGUAACACGAAGCGAGGAUUUAAAGAUGAGACUGCUUUCUCAAUUAGCAGCAAGGGUCCGUGAGAUGCGGAAUCUUCAGCUUCUAGAAGGUAUUAAUGUUGCUUCUGUUGAUGGCGGAUCGCUUUUUGACUGUCGUGUUCCGGGUCCUUCCUUACGCUUCGGUCCUUUUAAUACCAUCCAGGACUUCCAUCGGCAUUUACGUAUGGGCAUAUAA